GAUCUGUACUACCAGUCCUACGCCCAGGUCGGAGUGCUGUUCGCCUCUAUCGCCAACUUUAAUGACUUCUACAUCGAGCUAGACGGCAACAACAUGGGCGUUGAGUGCCUUCGGCUGCUCAAUGAGAUCAUCGCUGACUUUGAUGAGCUGAUGGACAAGGAGUGCUACAGGGAUAUCGAGAAAAUCAAGACUAUUGGCAGUACAUACAUGGCUGCAGUAGGGCUGGUUCCUACAACUGCCUCCAUGGUGAAGAAGUCCAUCACUUCACAUUUAUGCACAGUUUCAGAUUUCGCCAUCGAAAUGUUUGACGUCCUGGAUGCCAUCAACUACCAGUCUUACAACGACUUUGUCCUGAGAGUGGGUAUCAAUGUGGGUCCAGUGGUGGCAGGAGUAAUUGGAGCCAGAAGACCUCAGUAUGACAUCUGGGGAAACACAGUGAACGUAGCCAGCAGGAUGGACAGCACUGGGGUACAAGGAAAGAUACAGGUGACAGAAGAAGUCCAUCGUAUCAUCACGGACCACUACGACUUUGUCUGCCGGGGCCAGGUCAGUGUGAAGGGCAAAGGUCAGAUGCUCACAUACUUCCUGGAGGGGCGCAGGCAUGGCAGCAAGCCAUCUCAAACCAACGCUGAGCGCCGAUCCGGCGCGCUCAACCCGGGCAGCGUGUGCACCAGGCUAAGCCCCGCCCCCACCGUCACCACCUACGCCACCACCAGGAACCCGAGCCCCGGCAUGGCCAAACCAACCACCUCCACCAGCAUCACAAGGUACCUGCCCUCUGUCCCCAAGGCAACGCUGUGAUGGAUGCUGUCUCCAUGGUGAUGGUGGAAAUACAGAAAAAAAGAGUGGAGGUGGGGAAAAGGGCGAGAUAGAAUGGAGAGUUUAUUAAAAGGAGGAAUAAGACCAGCUGACCUCAACUCUUCUUCUACUGUCCGUGGGAGGCAACUCCUACUCUGACCGUCUAAUGGGAGGCCUGGAUUGCGUUUAGGACUGGAGUCUCGAUCAGACUCUCUCUCACUCACUCACUCGAGCCCUGUUUGUUGUCUCACGCCGUGGAGUGUCGUGAACAGGAUCCAGGAAGCUUUUUGCCACGUUGCUUUGUGACCAAUCAAAGGCCAAGGGUGUCUCCACGAUUUCUGAGUCGACUCCCAGAACUGUUUCCACAACUUUAACAAUCUAAAUAAGGAUCAAAAUAAAAACAAUUGCACAACUGUUAGUGUAGCACGCAAGCCUCUCGCAACGACAAGCACACAUUCAAAUUCCUUUAACAACUUUAGCUGAUCCUUUUCUCUCAGUAUCAAACCAAAUCAGUGCUGUUGCCUUAGCAAGCACUCCUCACAAAGAUUUUCUUGCCAUCUUUUCGUUGCCUUUUCGAUUGAUUUAUUGGAAACCAACUCAGAUUACUUAAUUACAGGGGCAUUGUAGUCCAAGAGAUAUAUGUUUUUAAAGUGGAUGAAGCCAAAUGUAUAAUUGUAAAUGGCAGUUGAUAAAGGUAUAAACUCGCCAAAAUACGACAGGGCAUUGCCUUCAAUCAUUUCCUGGACGUUUGUGCCCCCCCACCUGAAACCUCGGACGGCACAUGAGGUAAACUCUUGAUUCCCUGAGCCGAGCCGCUCAUGGUCUUUAAGUGCAUGAUGCCACUGCUGCACCUCAGUCCCGUUUUCUGUCUGCUUCCCUGUGAUGCUUGACUUCCAGAUUCUUCCUCGUCAAAGUGUAGCAAUAAAAGCGGUUUGUCUCCUCUCUCAGCCCCUUGCAUGUAGCCAGCUGGAUCCUAGUUUGACCUAAUAGUGUAUGUAGCCAAUAGAGUGUGCAUAGCUAGCCACACCAGUGUGUAUCUCCGUGGAGUUGAAGCAUGACUUAGAAAAAAACUUUUUUUUUUGUAUUGUCCGAGUGGGAUUCCUUCCUCAAGGGAUUCUAUUUAAAAAAAGAAAAACGUUUUUUCUGCGUGCUUUGUAUUAAGAAAUAUUUUCUAUUGUUUAAAAAAUCCUGUUAUAGUAUUUUUUAUGAAUUAAAAAGCUGCUUUGGUCGAGAGAAGAAAACUGCUGUUUAUGGGGAGACACCCAAACCUCCGUGUCUGUCCUCCUCAUACAAAUCCAGAUGAUUUAUUUUAUGGAAUAGCAUGCAACUCACAGUACGGCUUACCAUAGCCAUUAACUAUCCUUUAAUCUGUUCUAGCAUGCACUGCCUGCCAGCCUGUGGCUCUUACAUGCAUGCUUUGAUGGAACAUUCAUACAGGCCGAGCAGCGGACACAGUGACUCUGUUUAAUGUAGUCCUCAUGCAUGCGCUAACGGUAGCCGUCCUCUUGAAUGUAAGGUGCUUUUUUUGACCCGUGUCUUCUUCAUGAACUUAGUGUGCGGAACCUUCUUCAAGGACUUUUUCAGGGCGGUUUGACAUCAGGACGGGGGUCCCUCCUCCUCCUCCUCCUCCUCCUCCCCGCUCCUGCUGUAGUCAACAGGUAGCUGGUUUUCAAAUGUGCCAACCUAUUUUCAUAAACAUAUCAAAGUUUUUUGGUGUUGAGCUGUAGCACAACUGAAUGUGUGGCUACGGAUAUUGUCGAUUUCCUUCUGUUGAACGCCUGUAUUUUUACAGCUGUUCUUGAACAGUUUUGUAACUCAAAUGAUAGAAAGAGUCGAUUUUUGGGGGGAUUUAUUCAACACCGUAACCUGAACUGAAAUGAUGUUGUUGUACUAUUUAUCAUAUUUUAAAUAGAUUUACUAUAUAGUAGCUUAAACGCUUAUUUUGAGUUUUUAAAGAGGUUAAAAAUGAGGAUUUUUAUACACUUGCUUUACAAAGUUGAUGGAAAGGAGUUGUGUACAAUAUUUUUCCUGUAAAUUGGAUAUUUUCAUACUGUAUGAUACGGGUUUCAAUUGUUAUAUGUAGGUAUUACUUGUUAUUAUUGUACAUUGUAGAGUCUUUUUCAGAGAUAUACUAUGAAUGACCCGAUAUUUGUCAAGUUAUUUUGUUGAAGAUGUAUUUAUUGAGAUGUUUUAUGUGAAUGUAAAUUUUGUUAAAGAUGAUAUUUUAUACUAAGUGUUUGCACUGCGAUGAUAUUGACGUAUUAUGAUUACAAAAAUAAAUC